AUGGGUGGCGCUAAAGUUGGCGACGCUACAGCCGUUGAAAUGCCUGAGAAUCGAGAUGAAGACAAACCAAAAUCAUGUUCGGAUGCAGUAUUUGGACGAAGAGCUCGAAAAUACGCCUUCAUAUUCAUUGUCUCAUUUCUCGCAAUCCUCACUAUAAAGGACGUUAUCGAUUUGUUCAAAGAGUAUUUCGAAUAUCCGAAAGAAUCUGAUAUUAAUAUUGUUUUUAACGAAACAAUGACAAUGCCGAACAUAACGUUCUGCAUGUCCCGACAACAAGCAUGGUCCCAUUUCAAGCUCAAUCUCUCAGCUCCAGUUGACGAAUGGGACAUGAUUGUGGAUGAAAGCCUCGCCAAUAUGACCGAUCACGACGGCUUCAUGGGGACACCAUGGGAUUACCGCUUAGUUAUGGAAGCUUACGACAUGAUAGCUACACAUAGUAGUAUUGAACGAGAAACUACCGCUCACGGCUCAGCUCGUUCCAUGUUUGGCUUCAAAAAUGCCCCGAGACUUGCCGGAAAAAGAAAAACGUUUAAGAAAUGGCGCGAUAUUCUAGAUACUCGUGGAAUCACAAUGGAUGAGUUCACUCAAAAAACGGGAAUGGAAGUUCUUCGCCGUUCGCUACAAGUUUUCAAAAGAUUCACAUUUGAUGAAGAUGUUAUAAUUAAAACAAAAAUUCACAUUUCAUGGAUUUCUCAAAUGGAAAUGUGCUUCCAGCCAAUGUUCGACACGGAUAACUUCCCUCCAAUUAAUGAUCAAGGGCGUUUCUUCGAUAUGCUUCUAUCGCAUAAUGCUGAAAAUCUCGACGGGCAAAGUGUCUCUUGUAUGUCUGUCGAUUUCCAUGGCCGACCAUCAUCUCUCAACAGAUUCAUGGAAGGAAAAGGUCGUUCUCGUGACGGAUUCAUUGAUGAGCUUUGUCUUGGUCAACGGCAUGAAGUUACUGUACAUGUAACCGCGCACUAUCAAAUGCUUGAAAAUGAUGAUGAUGGAACUGCGUGUCGCGAUGUUGAAGAAGGUGAGGACAACGAAUUUGAUUGUCGAUCGCGUUGUAGGAUGGAAAUGAUAAGAGGUAUGUGCAAAUGCACUCCUCUUACGCUAAGUUAUUUGGCAAAGGACGAUUUAGACCUGUUUCCACUCUGCGACUACACCAAGUGUGAUGUCGAUGUUCAAAACGGAACAUUCUCCGAUUCGGAAUGCAGCGCCAAAUGCUACCACGACUGCAAUCAAAUGCGCUACGAAGUUGACCAUGCCGUCAAAGGCCGAAUGGUUCGACCUGAUUUGACUCUUGUCAAUUUGCACUGGGGAUCAUUCGAGUAUCUUUCAAUGGAACAGCAAUGGAAGUACACAACAACAACAUUCAUUGCGGCUCUCGGAGGUUCUAUUGGAAUGUGGCUCGGACUUUCGAUUCUUUCUCUUAUUCAACUCGUCACCUAUUCUUACACCUACUUUACAAAGAAGAUCGUCAAUGAGAAAAUACUUAAAAAGAGUGGACCUCCAGAAAAAGAGACCGAUGGUGAUGCAGAUUUCCAAAUUGACAACGGAACCGAAAAGAAGAAAAUGUCGCUAGCCGAAAAUCCGUUCGCCGAGUUCUUCCCAAGCGGGUCAGACGGAGCGAAAAAACCAAAAAUGGGCUCUAGACAAUCAUCAUUAGAUAAGGAUAGCAAUGUUCCAGCAGUAAGCUACACCUCUAAUCCAGGUGGCACUUCAAAAGUGCGAAUAAAUUAA